AUGGCCUUUGCUUCUACUGGCUGGACAGCUGUUAUAAGCUUAUCGGGCGCGAUUUUAGGACUUUUCAUAUACCGUGUCUGUCUUCAUCCCCUUUCGAGUAUUCCUGGACCUUUGAGUGCGAAGCUUAGCGGAAGUUGGAGGAAUACACGCUAUUGGCGAGGAACGUGGCAUAACGACAUUGUCGACGUCCAUAAAAGAUACGGGCCGGUUGUUCGUAUAGCACCAAAUGAAGUAUCUAUCGUUGACCAGCAGGCGAUGAAAACUUUGUACGGGCACGGUUCCAACGCGGCGAAAACACAGUGGUACGCCACUUGGAAUCCCCCGAUUGGGGCACCAGCAUUCUUCGCUGUGCGUGAAAAGAAGCUGCACUCAUUUCUGAGAAAGCGAGUCUCAGGAGCCUACACUAUGUCCGCAAUACUGAAGUACGAACCUCGUAUUCAAGCCUGCCUGGAUCUUCUACUAAGAAAGCUUCAAAAUCAUGCUGUUUCAGGGAAGGCGGUCAAUAUGUCGGAGUGGACUAAUGCUUUUGCCUUCGAUGUGAUCGGUCAGUUAGCAUACGGCUCCCCUCUUGGUCACCUAGACACCGAAUCGGACGUGAUGGAACUACGAAAGAACAUUUUCAACCUGUUUUUCUUGGCCGCCAAUAUGGGUCAUUAUAGCGGCCAAAUGAAGCUUUUCACAAAUCCAUUAACUCAAUCAAUUCUCGCAUUGUGCGGAAUUAAGAACAGGAUUGCAGAGUUCCAGGAAUGGAGCAGCAAUAGGGUCCAAGCGCGGAUUGAUGCUUUGGAGAGAAAUGGGGGCUCCGAUAAAGAUAGACCUGACAUGCUGGCGCAUUUCCUCAACAUGAAGGAUACGAAGGGAAAUCGUGUCCGGACCGAAGAGGUUCUCUCAGAGGCCUUGAAUCUUGUGGGAGCUGGUGCCGAUACUACUUCAAUCGCUAUUCGUGCUUGCAUUCAUGCAAUCUGCUCUCGGAAAAUAGUAUACAACCGUCUCCAAGCUGAGAUUGACGAGUAUUACAAUGAAAACACGCUGACACAGCCGAUUACUUACCUCCAAUGCCAGAACUUACCCUACCUAGUUGCAGCUACUCGAGAAGCGAUGCGGCUUCUCCCUUCCAUUGUCUAUCAGCUGCUGAGACACGCUCCUGAAGCAGGUCUUACCGUUAAUGAUAAAUUCAUUCCGCCAGGGACGCCUGUUGGCAUAAGUCCAAUCGUUCAAAACAGAGAUCCAAAGAUCUGGGGCGAUAAUGCCCAGGAGUUCUGGCCAGAGAGAUGGCUCGAAUCGGAAGCCAAGUCUAGAUAUCUGGAAUCCAACAAUAUGACGUUUGGUGGAAGUGGUCCAAGGAUGUGUGUGGGGCGAAAUAUUGCUUUGGUGGAGGUCCAUAAAUCGGUCGCUCAACUACUCAGACAUUUCGACAUGAAAGUUGACAACGAGGACAAGCCAUGGCAUAUAACAUCCUACUGGUUUGCCUAUCAGCACGACUUCAUGGUCCAACUGACACCUAGGGAAAAGUAUCCACUUAUGGCAUAG